AUGAUUCGUCUGAGGCUUGUCAAGACAAAUGAACAGGAAGCCGAUGAACAGGAAGAAGACAAAACUACAGAACACAAUGGACUUCCCCAUGGGUUCCAGAUGAUGAAGGAAUUGGUACUUCCGUGGCUUAAUAGUUGGAGCGUUGUUUGUGCUGACUCUUACUUUGCUUCUGUUACAGCUGCGGAGGAAAUGCUCCGUCUUGGGAUGUACUUCAUUGGUGUAGUCAAGACAGCCAAUAGGAACUUUCCUCAGGAAUACCUAUCGGGUGUUGAGCUACAAAACCGCGGCGAAUUCAAGGGGCUUAAUAAUAAAUUCAACAAUCCAACUCUCCUUGCAUUUGUCUGGGUUGAUCGCGACCAGAGGUAUUUCAUUGCAACCACGUCAUCCCUUCAAGUUGGAGAAGGGUACUGGCGGACACGUUGGAGACAACUAGUUAACGACAGGUACACAGCUCCUGAGCGAGUUGACUUUGAAAUACCACAGCCAAAGGCUUGUGAAGUCUACUACUCAACCUGUGGAAGGGUUGAUCAGCACAACCGCCAUUGUCAAGACACCCUGCAGUUGGAACAAAAAUUGAAGUGUCACUCAUGGCAUAUCAGAGUGGGUAUUUCCAUAUUGGGAAUUAUCAUCACUGAUACUUGGGCCGUAUACAAGCAAGCUACAAAUACAACAGAGACACAGAAGACCUUCCAUUCCUACCUUGCAGAGGAGCUAAUAGACAACAG